ACUACAAAACAAAUGAUUGAUAGGGUGCAGACUUUCUUACGUCAUUAUGGCCCGUCUGUUGACAGAAUAGGUUGUUUUUGUACGGAGAAAAACAUCGUAAAACGUCUUUUCUGCAAAACGAUCGUGAAAACGUCUGAGGCUAAUAAGUUUCUCAAUCUUCCUAGAAAUAAACUGUGGGGACUUGUUUGAAAGUCAGAUAUGGCCAGUACAGGCAGUGAAGUGGCCCAGCCAGUUUCCAGUGAGGGAGUGCAGUCAGGGAAUAUCGAUGCUCUGAAGCAGAACGUAGCGACGGUCGAGGUCCCGCCCUGUGAGAAUGGAAUGUCAACACCUGAAGCCUCGCCCAGGACAGCAGGAGACGGGGAAGGAGGCUCUGGUGCUAUAGGCGGAACACCGACAGAUACAAGUCCUCGGAGUCAGCCAGCCGAGCAAGCCUACCACGUCAAAUGGAUCAAAUGGCGAGGCAACAACAUGCCCAUCAUCACGCAGAACGAGAACGGUCCCUGCCCACUCAUUGCUAUUAUCAAUGUGCUUCUGCUACGGGGAACCGUGCAUAUUCCUCAGAUGGUUGAGAUGGUAUCAGCCAGUCAGUUGGUUGGGUACCUGGGGGACUGUCUGCUCAACAGAAACCUGGAGAAUGCCUCGGAGGGAGUCCAGCGAAACUACGAGCAGAACAUCCACGAUGCCAUGGAAAUAAUCACCAAGCUGUCAACGGGUCUAGACGUCAACGUCAAAUUCACAGGGGUCAAAGAUUUUGAGUACACCCAAGAGUGUGUCGUCUUUGAUCUACUGAACAUCUCUCUGUGCCACGGGUGGCUGUACGACCCCCAGAAUGAUGAGAUCGUCUCGGCAGUAGGGACGUACAGCUACAACCAGGUGGUGGAGAAGAUCAUCGCUAGCAAGAGCUCCAAAGACGAGGAUGAACAGCAUCAAGGUCUGGUAGCAGAGCAGUUCUUGGAGAGCACGGCAGCCCAGUUGACGUUCUACGGACUCUGUGAGCUGAACUCUGCCACGGAGGAAGGCGAGCUUUGUGUAUUCUUCAGAAACAACCACUUCAGCACGUUAAUCAAGCACGAUAAGGAAUUGUGCGUACUAGUGACGGAUCAGGGUUUUCUGACAGAGAGCAGUAUUGUCUGGGAGACGCUGAGUAGCGUUGAGGGAGACAGUAGAUUCGUCGACGGUGAAUUCAACGCUCGGCCACCAACCAAUCAGAUGGCACCGGUGGUUGCUGCAAAUAUGUCGCCAGGACAACAGCUUGAUGCAGAUUACCUGGUAGCGCUGUCUCUUCAGGAGGACCAGCAGCAGGAAGACUUAUCCCAGGCUACUGGACUCAGUCAGAUACAGGAACAAGAUACGCACUCUAAAGCCAUGGCCGCACUCUCAGAUCAUGAGCUGGCGUUACAACUCCAGGAACAGGAAGACCUCAGACUUGCCCAGGACCUCGCCCAAGAAGAUCAACAGGCUCAGCAACAAGCCCCGCCCCAAGGUGCUCAGGCCGCCGCCCAUCCCCAACCAGCCCCUGCACAGUCUAAUAACAGUCAUAAGGAAAGGUCCUGCACGAUAUUGUGAGGAGUGCUUCCUAUAGUUAGUAUAGCUGUCCUUUCCUUCAACGAUAACCAGCCUGGAUUGAUGUCUGGAGCUACUGUAUAAGCUGUGCCGACUGACGAUAUGCUUGGAAUUUAACGACCUCGCAUCUUUUGAGGAGGAAAUCACGAUAAAGUUUGCCAGAACUGCCAGAAGUCGUCUCAUUGCAGAAAACUUGCCUUACCUGUGAGAGGUAUACUGUCUCCGUGUAACAGGUGUAUGCGAUUCUAUAUCGGAACUUUUUUUUUUUUUUUUUUUUCCAGGAAAGCAACUAAGCAAAUUAGCUUAGCAUGUUGCGACCGAGUGAAGCAAUACCAGCCAAGAAAAGCAUAUGUAAUAUGUGAUGGUUGGGCUGGUAACCAGUCAGUAAGCGAGAAUAUGGCUCAGCGAAUGUUCUUGGAUGCUUAUAUCACUGCAAGAUUAGUCAAAGGACUACUUUAUCAGGUACCAAUCCUAUGUAAUACCAUGCAAAGAAAAUUGGUCUGGUACCUCAACUCACUGCGCAUAUGAUGCUGAUACAUGUAUAUACCAGCUUGAAAUAGCACCUGCCUGAUAUGAUGUGCAAAAUGAGAUCGAACUGGGCACAGUGCGUAGUGGAGAAAAAUGCAAAAAACUGAGUGGGGAUGAGUUUUUGCAAUUUUCAGAUUUAUUCACAUUUUGUAAUCUUUGAUAUGUCUAGUACACGAAGAUGUAGAAUAAAAUAUGUGAAAUAAAAGUGUUUUUAAGGAAAAACAACUGGCAGCUUUCAUCAUGAUGAAUACAAAAUCCAAAUUUUAAUGGCCUUUUUGUCAGUAUUUUACUUUUUUGACAUGUCGAUAAACGCAAACUUUAAACAGCCAUAACUUAUCAAUGGAACGUCCUAUGGAAGUGCAACAAACAGUAUUGUAAAGAGAAUUUGAUUGUCUUUCCGCAAACGUUCAUUUUGACCUCUGCCCAGUUCUGUCUCAUUUGCCCGAACAUCUCAGCGUCAAUUGCAUUUUGUUUAAAUUUUGUGAAUUUAAGGCCAUUUCAUUAUUUCCUUAGUCCCAGUGUAUAAAGUGUCUGCUUCCCAAACACUAUCAACCCAAAAUGUAAGCAUGUCACCUGAAUUUCAUAAUCAACAUAUUGACGCUUCAUGUACUAGGAAAUACCUAGUAACUGAUUGGUCAGUAGUUUUUUGAAAUUCUAAUGGUAUGAUUAUUCAUAUAUGACCACUAUUGUUUAUAUUUUUUAUCACAACAUAAAUUGUUGUGUGCCUGGCAGAAAGACAUAUGCCCAUACACCCUUAUGCGGGGAACGCGUAAUCACCAAAAUGUUCCCAGCAAAAGGGCAUAUGCAGGAAACUGCCUCUAUUUUAGGGAAAUUUAAACAGUUUCGUUGGAAAUUAACACAAGUUGAUCCAAAAAUUAUGAUUUCGACGUGUGACAAAUGUAAAAUUUGUACAAUUUAUGAUACACGUGGGAGAACAUUGGUUCAUAAUACGCUUACAUUGGAACCUUUCAAUGCAAUUUUCUUGAAAGUGAUUUUCGCGUCAGAACGCUCACAUGCCCUUCUACCGGGCACCUGACGAAAUACGUAUUACGAUUGUUUAUUUUUUUUACCACAACAUAAGUAUGUAUUGGCAAAUCUAACCAAGGUCAUAAAUAUAAUCUUGUUUUGGUUUUGUGAGGUCUUAAGUUGUCACUUCUUGCUGUGUGGGGUAAAUGCAAUACAAAGGGGGGAGACCUUCACAUUCCCUGCGUACACUGUAAAUAUUUGUCAAUAGGUGCGCUGGUGGAGGUGCCAGUAUGGGUCAACAUCUAAGGCCAACAAAAAAAAGUCUCCUGUUUCUGGUAUGGAGCUUGCCCAAAAAGUGGUGCGGCGACGUGGCUUUUAUUUUUAUUUU